UAGUAAAGAAAAGUAAUGGCGGGCGAGAGCAGUGGUUUAUGGAACAAUUUACCCAGUAUUAUUAUUGUCGAAAUCUUUUCAUUUUUAAGCUUAAGAGAUCGUUUAAAUGCAUCUUCUGUGUGUAAGGCUUGGAGAAAUAAUCUUUUCCAUCCAAAACUAUGGCGUAAAGUCGUAUUCCAAUUAAACAGCUGUGAUAAUAAAACAGUCAAUCAGAGUAAUGGGGCCAGAUUUCUAGCCAAGCACUGCGGAAGAUUCGUCCGCGAAGUCAUAAUCGAAGUCAACUCUUCAAACCCCAGAGACGUCCAGCUCUGCAAAGAAGUUUUAAAAGUUCUUACAUGCAACAAUAAUCUGCGUGCAUUGUCCAUAAAACCACUAAGCUCUCGACUGGAGUGGACUGAUUACAAUGAUACGCUAUCCUUAGACCAGUAUGUUGAAUUCCUGAUAAGAAUCAUCAAACGAGCUCAUUGUCUGGAACAUCUCUCUUUGGGCUGUAUAGAAGAGCUCCUUGAUCUCUCUGAGCACUUUCUAGCUCCACUGUCCAAAUAUCAGGCCAAAUGUCUGCGAUCCCUCCACCUCUCCAGUGUGAAAGAAGUCCCCGGUAACUACUUCAUCAAUGACCUCAACACCUCACUCUUUAAAACCUUCCUCCAACUUGAACGCCUCAGCAUUGAUUAUGACUACCUAAAUGACCAACUUCUUGAUGUGUUUUCUCAAACCCAACACAGGCCAUUGUCUCACCUGAUCAUCCAUGUCCAUUCGUUUGAUUAUCGUUUUCCCAAGGUUAGUGAUGCUGCCUGGAAGAGGCUGACAUUGCAUAGUCCAAAUCUGGAAGUUACCAUCAAUUUGCUCCACUUUCACAACCUUGCAGAGAAUGUCAGACAUGUCCUGAGUGGUGAAAUGCCUUUAGCACACUUCCGAGUCUACUUCUCGUCUGGAUUUGAUGUCGACAUUUUGACUCGCAUAGCCUUUCUGAAUGACCAUUCCCUUCGGUCAUUAGUCCUGGUAGAUGAGUUGAAUGAUGACUUGUCACCAGCUGCCACUUUUCUCAGAGGUGGUGUUGAUCCACUGGUCAUGCUGGCCUGGAGGUGUAAGAAAUUAACAUAUGUCAAAAUAAUAGGUUAUGAAGUUGGUGCAGACAGCCUUAUUGCUGUCUCUAGGCUACGAGGAGAGCAAUUAAAAGAUCUAAAAAUUCCAGCGUGUUGCAUUUCCUCCACCCAGUUGGAAGAGAGUGAGCAGCUAACUCAGCAGGGAGCACUGGAUCACAUGCAGAAUGAGGUCAGUUAUGGCCUUGGUCAGUACUGGCAACCAAUGACCCUCAACGAACUCCCCCUUGCAGUUCGGAAUGUGAACAUAGAUGCAGACGGUGCUUAUUUGGACGAAAUCUUGAGGGAUCAGAUGUGGUGAAGCCGGUUGCAUGCUCUUAUUUUUAUCAAAAUCUAUUAAUAUGACAUGUUACUUAUCUGUUUAACAAUACUGUGUCUUAAGCUAGUCAUUGUUGUAAUCGCAAAAAGGUGUUUAUAUUUGUGCAAACUUCUUAUCUCUUUAAAAGAAAUAAGCUAUUCUGUUGUGCAAAAAGAAAAACUUUUUAUGAUCUCUCUUAAUGGGAAUAUAUAUAUGAUGUGGUUUCUUCACAAGGGGAACAUCUGUAUUAUUUGAUUUUAUUUUUUUAAAAUAGUUUAUUGACGGUACCCUCUCCAGAAGUUGGUUGAUUGUGUUCUUUUUUGCCUGCUCUCUUUGUGGAUGCUUUCAAUGUCGUUUGUUAGGAGCCACACUCUAUGGCGAGGAGAUUGUAGCGACGAGGGCGAUCGUUGAGAUUUACGUACUUGUAUUCGAGGACCAUGCAUGUAGUAGCCUUGAGCUAACUCAGCGCUCAAAUGUAGAACUAAUUGUGAUUACAUCGUCUCUAUUACAUCCUUUUUAAAUGCGCACACACUUCCAUCUUUUAUAUGUGGCAACUGUCUCAUCGCUUGCGGGGAAAGCGGGUUCUAUUACAGAUUAUAUAAUGUAUAUAUAUAAAUGUUAACAUUCCAUUUGUAUUGAUGUUCCUGACAUCAUCCAGGUAGCGUCCUAACUCAGGGAAGAGACUUUGGGGAGUCUAGGUGGUAAAGAAAUCAAUAAAUAAAAAGUGCCAACUUUGGUGUGUCUUUACAUCCAAAUCUAUUUUAGGCUUUUCCUCGCAAUCGAUGAACCUUAUUUUGGUGCUGACCGUGUGUACUUUAGCACAGGCAUAGCUGAGCUGAAAUGGUCGUCCAAGGGUGACCAAGAUCUGUAUAGAGAAAAAUUAUAUUGCCCUUAGGAUAAAAUCCAUAGCACAUAUUUUUAAUGUGCAUUGUUUGACAUACUUGUUUAUUUUUAAGAUCUAGUAUUUUUUAUUUCUCUUAAUUUAUUGUGAUGUUCGCAGAAAUGGGCCCUUUUUGCAGGCUCCAGAUUUACAUAUUUACAACGUUUGAGAUCUUUUACAUCUACAAGAACGAUCAUGUUCUCGUUGUUAUUGUUUAUUUUUUCCAUCUGGGUAUACAGUGAUAUCGAGAUUGGAGAAAUCUGUUACAUCUGUGUGUGAGUGUGUGAUAGUUAUAAUCUAGAUUUUACACCUAAUGUAUGACGAGUCCGCCGAAAACCAUCUUGUCUUUUAUUGAGAUAGCUGUGAUAUUGAGCGUUGUUCUAGAUCUAGAAGUGCAAUGCAUACUGUGUUUUUAACACCAAAUUCUGCUCACUGUUUGGGAGCCAUUGUGAGACAGUGACAGGCUACCCAUGCUGCAAUACUAUAUAUUUUGAAGUACACUAACUAUACCGGGCACUAAGUGCAAUUGAAAUUGCUCAAGUGACUCAGUCAUGCCAAAAAGUUUUGCCUUUUUUUAAAAUAAUUAUACCUGUCUUCCUAAUAUUAUUAGUGUAAUUGGGGAUAAUAUUUUUAUUAAUAAUGCAGAAAUGUGAUGAAGUUAAUAACCCUUUAAAGGACUGGGAUUUAUACUUCUUUCACCAAGUCUUUCAUUAAAAGUAGUAAAUAAAAAAAUAUGAGCAUGAAAAAGCAAUUUGAAAUUUCAAGUGCUUUUUAAAUGAUAAAAAUUGAAUAUAAAUCUCAGUUUCUUUGAGUGUUGAAUAUACAAUAUUUGGACAACAUUGAAUCGCAAUGUAAUAUUAUAAUCUUUUUUCACUUCAUUUCAAAUUUUUAUUAUUUAAUUAUUUAAUAUUAUUAAUUAUUAUUUUAUUAUUAUUUAUUAAGAAUGUAUUUUAGUAUUGUCAGAAUGUAAAAAGAUAGAAAUUAGAUUUUUUUUAAAACUUCUCCAGAACUCAGUAUAAUGUGCAGUAUUGUUUAGUAUUACCUCACAUUGUGCAAUAUUGUACAUUAUCUAUAUACUACUGCAGAAGCACCAGUAAUUUAUUUGAUACAGCUUUUAUAAUUAUUUAAAAAAAGCAAAAGAUUAAUUUUGAAUUGCAUUUAUAGGUAUGAAUACCUUUUUAUAUUCCGAGUGAUAAACUUAAUAGAGCAAUUUCAAUUGUACUUCAAAUCCCACAUAUGCAGCAAGCACUAUAUAUCACAUCGGUGGUGUUAACGAUGUACCAACUAUUGAAUGUUAAAGUGUAUUAAUAUCUUUAUUCAGAUGUUUAUGUAUGUUAUGUUUUUCAAUUGUGAAUCAGUUUCCUCCCCCCUCCCUCUUUUUGUUAAAUUUUUUAGCUUUAAAAGAACUAAAAACUAUACUGUGAGAUCUGUAGAAAUGGUGCUGAUUCACAUGAAAAAAAAAAUAUCAAACCUGUGACAUGCUUGCUUUUCUGCUGUAAUUGCUAAUCAAUGUUUUUUGAUAUCCUUCUUUAAUGUUUGUAUGUGCUUUCUAUAAAUGUAAUGGACUUGGAAAAUCUAGUUCCUUUUAAAAUUAUUUUUUGAAAAAAGAUUUAAUUAUAUAUGUUUAAUCAACUUUACUUUGAAAUAUUCUCAAUUAUAUUUUAUGUUCCAGAUAUUAAUUUUAAAAAUUCUAAUGUAAAUGUUAUUCUUUAUUUAGAUUUAUUUUAUUUUAAAUUAAGUUGAUUAAAUGUGUUGAUUAGCAUAUUUAAAAUAUAUCCAAUCAAUUCCUCAUUUUAUUUUAUUGAUAAUGGAAUUUGCUGUCUUGAAUUUCUAUGUAGUUCCUAUUCUUUCAUCCCAGAAUGCCAAAGAAACUUACAUUAAGUUAAUACUGUUAAAGUUUGAUAUGGUUUAAAUUCAAUGUGUAAAAGCUUGUAAUCAUUUUUUUUAAAAAAUUGCAUUUAAUUAUUGAACAAAGAAUGAAGCAGCUUAAUUUUUAAUUCAGGAAGUAUAAAGUUUAGAGCACAUUCUAUACUUAAGAUUUAAACUCUGCUUUCAUGUUCUGCUGUUCUAUGUGGAUCAUUUGUUUUCAAACAAUGUUGUGGUCUCUACACUAUCAAUUUUGGAUAUUUAUCUCAUAUAAGUGUUUUAAAAUUUUUAAUAUUCCAUUUAUUAAAUGUAGUAGUUGUUUAAAAUCGAAGCAUGCAUCUUUUUCCAUUAGCUUUCUCGGCUCUUUUGUUUCAGCUUUAUAGUUGAUUCUAGAACUCUUCAAAUGCUUGUGUAUUUCUAGGUGCAAGAUUACUUACAGCAAUAUUUUACUCUUUUCAUUAUGUUUGUUGCAGUUUCCAGCUUUUUUUUUUUUUUUUAAAUCCUUAGAUAAAGUUCAAUUGGUUGUCGAUUUUAUAGUUGUGUAUUUUUAUGUUAGAAAUAAA